AUGACUACAGCAUAUUACAAAACAGCACCGCCAUCAAAUACACAUUACAACAACCUCGGAUCGCAAGUUAACCGAGGCGCACAUAAUUUGGGCUUUGGACCAUUGACAACACACCUAACCUCUAGACAACACCCAGCAUCGAAUUCAGAUGAAAUUUAUAAUAUUCAACAACAGCCGAAAUAUUAUCUCAGAGAUAAAUACGACAAUCAAGUACUGAACACUCAAAAUAGUUAUUUGAAUGCUUAUAUCCAAAGAACAACAGGACCGCAUCGAAAUGAGGAGUAUUACGCUGUUGGUAACAAUCUAUAUGAAACAUCGUCUACAAAUCCAAUGAUGGAACAAACUGCCACAGCGUAUCAUUUACUAUCAGCGUCUCAAGUUAAAUUUCUUGAUUCUGAGAAUCAAGUCUUAUCAGGUCACCAUCAUUCGUUGUUAGAUGGUAACAAUAGUCAUGAAUUAAAUAAUCCAACUAUGAAUAAGCAAAAAAACAAAUCGGUUCCAAUGCGUGCGACAGCAAUGCAAUCAACUAAUGGAUCCUAUCCUAUGAACAAAAAACAGCCGUUAGCUCAAAUAACACAAACUUCAUUGGAUACGAGAGACAAUGAUAUUGGUGGUAAAACACGACGAAAUAUGACACAGUCACUACUGGUACCAAAUUAUUAUCGAGGUCGUCGUGAUGAUUUAGAAAUUGAAGAUAACACAAGUUCAAUAGAUGAAAAUACCAAUGAUAUUCAGAGUCAGAAUCGAACAUAUCGAGCGAGUCGGAAGAAUAAUUCAUCGUUACCACCUGUUCGAAGAGGACAAGGACCAGCUUCCAAUGGACCUAACUUCGGUCAUUCAUUAGCACCUGGCCAUCCGUUCCGACGAAAGUUUCUUCCAAAUGAUGGCUAUGCAUCGGAUCAGCAUUCAUCGUACAACGAAAGUUCGAAUGAUCGUAAAGGAUCCAACAGAAACAAAAAAGAUUACGAAGACAGCACUCAACAUUAUAAUGAUCGUGACAUGUACGAACACGCUCAGCAUGAAAGAAAUGAUUUACCGAAGCAGAGGUCUCAUCCACGUGUUCAUGAACCUCUCUAUCUUCAACAAUCGAUAUCCACCGAUAGCUACCUAGAAAACCAACGUCGUCGGGCAGUACGUGAAUCUCAAGGUUAUUAUUUCCCUUAUAAAAAAUACACGCUCAAAGAUUACAAAGAUUUGCAAAAGACGGAAUCUCAAUUCAAUCCAUAUGGCCCCUAUAAAGCCGAAAAUGUUGACCGUAAAGAACUGGCCCGAAAACGUAUGCAAUAUGCUUCAAAAAUUGAACGACCUGUAGUCGAUAUGAGUGAAGACUAUCGAUCUCCGCGAGAUAUCAAUUCUAGAAAAUCGUUCGGACAGUCACGUGGUUCGGACGGAGCAUCAAAAAGAAAUCGAGCACUUGAGUACGCUAAAUCUGAAGUAUCAAAAUAUCGACCGACAAAAACUUCGAAACAGAAAAGACCUGAUCCAACAGAACAGUAUGUCAACAGUCUCUUUCCCGAAGUUGACGAUGACGAGGAAGACGAUGGCGAUGAAGUUCAGGGAGAGCAACGCAAGAACUAUCGCUCAUCUGAAGAUGACGAGACAAAAUGA